GAAGCUAGUGAAGUAUGUUUCCACUUAUCGCGAGGGGCAGGGAGGCUCGGGCUCAGAGGAAGAGGAAGUGAAGCGAGUCUGGUAUGCUCCUUGGAAAAAGCGCAAAGUGCAUGUCAAGAACGUCGACCAGGACGCCCAGCAACUGCCGCCUGAAUGGCUGCUCACCGAUAUCCGUCAAGGUCUCCCCAGUGGCGAAGUCCCGGUCAGGCGUCGCCGGUCGGGAUGGAACGAACUGGUGUCGGAGAAAGAGAAUCCUAUCGCGAAGAUCUUGUCCUACUUCAGAGGUCCCAUUCUUUAUGGUAAGUCUGGCCCGUGCUUGUGCAAAUAGAUCAGUUUGUGGGUGUGGGAUUUCUAACCUUGGCCCUAGUGAUGGAGCUGGCGGUUCUCCUUGCUGCUGGGUUGGAGGACUGGGUUGAUUUUGGUGUUAUCAUCGGUAUCUUGUGUCUCAACGCUUCUGUUGGUUGGUACCAGGAAAAACAAGCCGCAGACGUUGUCGCUAGUCUGAAAGGUGAUAUUGCAAUGAGAGCAACCGUGAUCCGCGACGGCCAAGAACAAGAGAUUUUGGCUCGAGAGCUUGUCCCUGGUGAUGUGGUACGUAAUGCAAGGCUGGAUUGCCUCCAGAUACCGACCGCCUUCUAGCACCCAACUGGCAUUCGGACACUAAUAUAAGUGACAGAUAAUCAUUGGAGAGGGUCAAGUGGUGCCCGCCGAUUCUCGAGUUGUUUGUGACUUCAAGGACCCCAGCGGAUUCGAGGACUUCAAGAAUAUCCAGGACCAAGGUGAUCUCAGUAGCACGUCAGAGUCAGAUAUCGAUGAAGCCGGGAAUGAAGGCGGGGACGAAGAAGGCAAUGAGGAAAAGAAGGAAGAGGAUGCCGAAAAGCAACAACAAAAGACAAGAAAGCGAGGCUAUCCUAUUCUAGCUUGCGAUCACUCGGCCAUCACCGGGGAGUCCCUGGCGGUCGAUCGAUUCAUGGGCGAAAUGAUCUUCUACACGACUGGCUGUAAACGAGGUAAAGCCUACGCCAUUGUACAGGCCAGCGCGAGAAACUCGUUUGUCGGCAAGACGGCAAGCAUGGUUCAAGGAGCCCAAGGUGCUGGUCAUUUCGAAAUCGUCAUGGACAACAUCGGAACUUCUCUUCUGAUUCUGGUUAUGGCAUGGAUUUUGGCUGCCUGGAUUGGUGGUUUCUUCCGUCAUCUGCCAAUUGCUUCGCCUCGCCAGCAGACUCUUCUGCACUAUACCCUUGCUUUGCUGAUUGUUGGUGUUCCCGUCGGUCUUCCAGUGGUGACGACCACAACUAUGGCUGUUGGAGCCGCGUACCUCGCAAAGAAGAAGGCGAUCGUGCAGAAGCUCACGGCCAUCGAAUCGCUAGCGGGUGUGGACAUCUUGUGUUCCGACAAAACCGGCACGCUGACGGCCAAUAAACUUAGUAUUCGGAACCCUUAUGUCGCCGAGGGGGUGGACCCUGACUGGAUGUUUGCUGUGGCUGUUCUUGCAUCCUCGCAUAACAUUGACUCGCUGGAUCCGAUUGAUAAAGUGACCAUCCUUUCGCUAAGGCAAUAUCCCAAAGCAAGAGAGAUUCUCCGCCGGGGCUGGGAAACCGAGAAAUUCCAACCGUUUGACCCAGUGUCCAAGCGAAUUGUGACCGUUGCCACCUGCGAUGGUAUUAGAUACACCUGUACGAAGGGCGCUCCAAAGGCAGUGCUUCAACUAUCCAACUGCUCAAAAGAGACGGCGGAUCACUAUAAAGCAAAGACGCAGGAAUUUGCGCAUCGCGGAUUCCGGUCUUUGGGAGUUGCGGUGCAAAAGGAGGGAGAAGAUUGGACCUUGUUGGGUAUCCUUCCUAUGUUUGACCCCCCUCGAGAGGAUACGGCACAGACAAUUCAUGAAGCGCAGAACCUGGGUAUUAGUGUGAAAAUGCUUACUGGAGACGCCCUGGCUAUCGCUAAGGAAACCUGCAAAAUGCUGGCUCUCGGGACGAAAGUUUACAACUCAGACAAGUUGAUUCACGGCGGCCUGAGCGGAGCCAUGGCUGGUGACUUGGUUGAAAAAGCGGAUGGUUUCGCAGAGGUUUUCCCGGAACAUAAAUACCAAGUGGUGCAAAUGCUUCAAGAACGAGGUCAUUUGACGGCCAUGACCGGCGACGGUGUGAAUGAUGCACCAUCAUUAAAGAAGGCGGAUUGCGGUAUUGCCGUCGAGGGUGCUUCAGAGGCAGCGCAAUCGGCCUCGGACAUUGUUUUCUUGGAACCGGGACUUUCGACCAUUAUUGACUCGAUCAAGGUCGCGCGCCAGAUUUUCCAUCGCAUGAAAGCAUAUAUUCAGUAUCGAAUUGCCCUUUGCUUGCAUCUGGAAAUCUAUUUGGUCACCUCUAUGAUCAUCAUUAACGAAAGUAUACGGGUUGAGCUGAUCGUUUUCCUCGCCCUUUUCGCCGAUUUGGCAACUGUUGCGGUGGCGUAUGACAAUGCGUCUUUCGAACUGCGACCCGUUCAAUGGCAACUUCCUAAGAUUUGGUUUAUCUCGGUGCUUCUGGGUGUUUUGCUCGCACUGGGAACGUGGGUUGUUCGAGGCAGCAUGUUCCUUCCCUCAGGUGGUAUUAUUCAGAACUGGGGAUCAAUCCAAGAAGUUCUGUUCCUCGAGGUGGCUCUCACGGAGAAUUGGCUCAUCUUCGUCACGCGCGGUGCCGACACCUGGCCAUCCAUCCACUUGGUUACGGCGAUUCUAGGCGUGGAUAUCCUUGCGACCAUCUUCUGCCUGUUCGGUUGGUUCAGUAACGAAACCAUGCCCACCAACCCAGCGACCAAGUUCGUCGAGACCACGAACGGAUGGACCGAUAUCGUCACAGUGGUUCGCGUGUGGGGUUACUCCCUGGGUGUGGAGAUCGUCAUUGCCCUGGUAUACUUCAUGCUGAACAAGUUCAAGUGGCUAGAUGAUCUCGGCCGUGCCAAGCGAGACAAGAACGCGCUCAAGUUCGAGAACCUGCUGGGUCACCUUGCCCGUCUGACGGUCGAAUACGAGAAGCCCGGCGAACCACCGGGCCGGUUCUUUUUGGCUACCAGCAAGGAGGAGGAAGAGGUCGAGUGAUUUUGAUGAUGAGACGAUUGAAGUGUUUGGACCAGAGUACAAGGUAUGGAUGGAGCUGUUGAGUAUACAUAUUAUCGUCGAGGAUUCGGACGGGCGUUUUUGAAGGGAAAGAAAAAAAAUUCGAUAAACCUUGUUUUUGUUUGCUGUGAUACUCUUUGAAGGCAAGGGGGGGGGCUUAGCUUUUGCGAUAUAUCUUUUUUAAC